AUGGAUCCAACGCCUAUCGACUCUGCUUCGAUGAUUGGCCAUCCUCGCAGUAGCGCAGCAGGAAGCUUGAGAAGAGGGAGAGAUAAAUGGCUGCCUGGUUCUCGUGGGGUCGAAUGCACUAACUCCAUCUCCGUACUUCACUGGAAAUCAGGACCAGUUUCCAACCAUUCCUCUCCCCUCCUACCCCGGUUCCCCUUGAGGCUUACCGGUGAUUAUACGACAUCUUACCGCGUCUUAUCUGAGGGUUUCUGUGUUUCACCGCUAGUGCUAGACAAUCGCGAUCGUCAGAAGGACGUACAUAACCUCGCUCAGUACGACGUUCAUGAUGAUUCCCUCUGUCGCUGCACCGAUUAA